UCGAGAAGGAACGACUGUCUUCCUUCGCUGGCUAAGGGAGACCUAGAGGGUCUGAACGGAAGUUUACCACUGAGGAGUCGGCGAUUUGUUGCAACGGCAGUGAACCUCUUGUCGAGAUGGUUAGCUCUUAUAUUGGUCGGCUCUCGGACGACAUCCUCCUUAUGAUAUUCAAGCUGGUGCGCGAGGAAGACCAAGCUGCCUCGGAUGAUUAUCUCCAGAAAGAAAAUACCAUUAUAGGCAGACGUUGGGACGAUUGGGGAGAUGGAUUAGAUGAAUUAGUUGAAUUAGAUGGUGAUUAUGAGCAGUGGCGAUUGGAGCUAGCAGAUCGACUUUUUGCCGGCAAUAUCACUGAUGACCCUCCACCUCGAUCAGCACUCUUGCAAGCUACGCGUGUGUGCGAGCAUUGGCACUCACUCGUAUCCCAGACUCCAUCGAUGUGGACUGUACUGGAAAUCUCCUUCCGUGAAGGUGAUGCAGCUCUUGAGCACGCGCGGACAUUUCUCCAGCGUAGCGGAUCGUGUCUCAUACAAAUCACAAUUCUUUGGGACGACCCCGCUUGGAUUGCACCAGUAUAUGAAAAUCUGGUCGAGAGGAGUGGAGGAGCAUUACCACCCCAAUCGCGUGAAGAAAUUAUGGCCGGUGUCCAUCUUAGCUCUGUCAUUCAGGAGCUACAUGCCCAUGUGCAUCAUUGGCAUGAGUUUACGCUCAGGACGACCUCCAUUGCCCACACAUAUCAAGCACUUUCAUUGAUGUCACGCCCUUCCGUCCAUCCAGCCUGUGGACUAGAAAAAUUGCAUCCUCAAUCUAUACACAACUCACGUCAUGCAACUCAUUUUAUUGGUGAACCAUCGCUUUUCCCGGGUUCAGCGCCUCCCAUCCGCGAUCUUCUUCUUUUCGGCAUAACCUGGGCCUGGCCAUCAUCGUCCAUGCUAUCGUCCAAUCUCACAAACCUCCGGAUUCGUUAUGAUAUCCACAUGAAUGACUACAACACAAAUUCACGCACGGGGCCUGAAGCAGAAAUGUUGUCGCAGUUCCUUGGCGCACUCAUCAACCUCCGGACCCUGGCGCUUGAGGUGAACCUUCGAUCUUUUAAUACACACACCAUCAAGUUGCCUCGUUUGCAUAGUCUGGCUAUCAAGUCGCGCACAAUCGACUGUUGGGGCACGGGAUUUCUCCACAAUGUUCAAAUGCCUGAUCUUCGGAUCUUGACCUUGUGUGUAACCGCAGAGGAUCCUGACGACAGUAUUGAAUAUUUCCUUGAUGACUUGGUCAAUCUUACCGAUUCUGAGGAUCCUCUGGAGCUGGAUGAACUCCACCUCUUCGAUUUUGCACAGCAUGUAGAUGCUGAGUUCCUUCAUCGCCUGUACACCCAGAUGUCCAAGGUCAAAACAUUGACAUUAGGACCAGGGGAGGACUACGACAAUAUCGUACUGGCAACGGCGCUGCUCCCCACGCCCUCCUCCCUACUGGAUACACCUUGUCCGAAGAACUGCUGGGUUGACAAACCUGUCGAGUUUAUUGUUUUUGACAAUGCACGUGCUGGUCUCCCGGCGAGCAUUCUGUUAUAAGCGGCACGCCUACUAUCCGUAUGUGUGAUGAGGUGCUCGACUGGCUAGCUGAUUCUGCUUUUGACCUCGGGGCGCCCUCUGUUAUUCCACCGCUGGAGCCCGAACUAUUAAAUUUCAUGGUAGACGACACGCUUAUUUGAAUCUGUCUGAAGCACUAUGAGUAUAGUAUCCAAGUCCGAUGUAGUACUUCGGCUUCGACCUAACAAGCGUCACUGUUCCAGCUGACGUGUUUGUCAAAAGUCGACCGGAGCCUUUUAUAGCAACAACAUACUUGACGUGUUGAACUGAACAGGACAGAUUGAAAUUUAACGGAGAGCCAUCUGGCGCUACAAUGAUCUCGAGGCCCAUCUUACUAAGGAACACCCCGACUCGGAAUAU